GCAUCUGUUGGACACGGUUGGGCAGUGUAGGCUAGUUUGUUUGAGUGUAAACUUCAAACAAUUCUCUAUUUGAGAACUUUAAAUGUAACUAAUUUAUUAAAGAAAAUUAUCAGGAAUAUGUCCUAGACCUAGACUAUUAAUCUAAUCAUCUUCCUAAUUCGUCGCCUACUUAUUAGCUACAUUAUUCAGAAUGCAUAAUAAAAAACUAACCAGGGCUGGAGUAGACUCACAAAUGUGUGAAAGACUGAAGCACCAUCACGUCGAAACAUGCGAGGACUUGCUAUCUCUCACCCCCCUGGAGGUCAUGCGCUUGGCGGGGCAAAGCCAUUGUCAUUCAUUGCAACUGUUGAAAACUGUCAGCGUGGCCUGCGCCCCGAAGAUUAUUACGGCCCAACAGUUGUGGCUCCAAAGGGAGGACCUGUGUUUCUCUACAUCACUUCAGGAACUGGACAGGCUGCUCCAUGGCGGCCUCCCCCGAGCAACCAUCACUGAGGUGGCGGGUCCCUCGGGCUGUGGAAAGAGCCAGCUGUGUAUGAUGCUGAGUGUGUUGGCCACUCUGCCACGCAGCAUGGGUGGCCUGGAUAGCAGCGUCAUCUACAUCGAUACUGAGUCUGCGUUCAGUGCUGAGAGGCUGCUGGAGAUUGCUCAGAGUCGCUUCCCGGACUACUUCUCUGUGCCGGAGCGGCUUUUGCAGACAGCUGGGCGCGUUCACCUGUUCAAAGAGCUCACCUGCCAGGAGGUGCUGAUCAGGCUGGACCAUCUGGAGGAGGACAUCAUAUCCUGUCACGCCGGGCUGGUCAUCCUCGACUCUGUCGCUUCUGUUGUGCGGAAGGAGUUUGACACGUCGUUGUCUGGCAAUCUCACACACCGUAGCAACCUGCUUGGACGAGAGGCUGCCACCCUCAAGUACCUGGCCCAGGAGUUCCGCAUACCUGUGGUGGUAACCAAUCAAAUCACGACGCAAUUGAGCGAGAGAGCGCCAUCGUCGCUGUCACGCCGCAGGAGCAGUUCUGAAGCUCCUGGUGGGGAAGGUCACGUGGGUUCAGGCUAUGUGACCGCUGCCCUGGGGAACACCUGGAGUCACAACGUUAACACACGUCUCAUAGUCCAGUACGUGGACAGCCAUCUAAGACAGAUUGUCAUCGCCAAGUCUCCUGUGGCCCCGUUUGCAGUGCUAAACUACACCGUUCAGAAGGAGGGCCUUCGUCUGGAGGGAAACGCAAGUGAGGAAAUGAUAUCAGCGCAAGGAACUGACCCAGGGCUGCAGCCGAUCCGCGUGAGGACUGGUUUCGACUACAGACUGACAGGAGCCAUGGCGAUGACCCCCUUGACCCCCUCCACCACCAGUACUGGCGGCGGCAGGUGUGAUAAUACAGGUGUUUGAGGUGACCAGGGGCUCAGGCUCACCUGCAGACCCAGCCGAUUGGUCAGCCAGGGCUGGGUUGUGGCCUGAACUUUGGCCAUUGGUGACUCGGGAGAUAAAACCUCGGCAGAGGUCAGGGGGGAAACCAGGAACACUGAUUCCAGACUGUUUGGAUAUGUUCGCUUAUCUAAUAUGAAAGCAGAAAAAGGUUAAGGGGUUAAGUCUCAAAGAAGUGCAUGAUCCUUAGUAUGGAUAUUAAAGAGGUUUAGUAUGUAAUGCAUCUGAGUCCAGGUAAUGGAAUGUUAUCAUGAUGUUUACAUGUUUACAGUUAUGAUAUGUAGAAACGGAUAGAUGGGUAAUAUAGGGGGAUGGUAUAAGGAUUUAUAGUGUGUUUAAUAAAGGGUUGAAUUUGAA